UGGCGAGUCAUGGACUACCCCGUUCGAAACGACCCAAGACUUCCGUGGUCAUAUCCGUUGCCAAUUCGUUCCAAAAGGCGUCUUCCUAAUUCAAAAUUUGUUUGCCGAACGUCGUACCGGGCGGGCGUAAAGUGUGCUGAUCAGGCAUGAUCGAUGUUUCCAGGCUUUUUUGUAUCACUAUGAUAUGACUAUAUAGCCAUCCACCGGCUACUUGGGACUAACAUCAUGCAAGAUCCCUUCUCCAAGAUUUCCGCACUAGCUUUGCUCCUCUGUCUGCAAUGGUCGCUCUCGACACCGCCCUAAUCACGGCUGUGAUAUCACAAGCCACACGCCUCGCAACAUAUUCCUGGGAGAAUGGAACGCUCGCGGAAGCCCUUCUUGAAUACUACAACCCAGAGCUCUCCGUGUUCAGUGCAAAUGCCUUCCCCAACGGCAAGCUACCCACAGACUUCACCGCCGACGAUGUCAAGGGUCUCGCGUAUGCCAAACACACCAUCGAGCUCGACGCUGACACCCUGACUCCUGACGGCUCUCUCGGCGACCCCAACUCCCUAGGCGUAUCCGCCGUCCUCCUAGCCGUCCACGACGCCGCCUACGCCUCCGCCGCCCAGCGCCAAAACGACCACACACUCGCCGGCAAGACCUGGGACGGCGCCAUCUCGCACCGCGAAUCCACCACCGAGCUCUGGGCCGACAGCGAAUACAUGGUGCCGCCGUUCCUCGCCUACUACGCCGUCGGCAAACACGACCUCAACGCCCUGCGCUUCGCCGCCCGCCAGCCCGUCAAGUAUGCCGCCAAGCUGGCGCCCGAAAGGGGCUUGUGGCAGCAUAUCCUCGGCAAGCCGUACGACCAGGAGACGCCUGACGACACGGGGCUGUGGAGCACGGGAAAUGCGUGGGCGCUGGCCGGCAUGGCGCGUGUGUAUGCGACGAUCAAGAACGGGCCGUUUGCAGGGAAACUGGGGGCCGAGAUGAAGGAUCUCAGGGUGUUGAUGAAGGGUAUCAUUGAUGGCGUGCGUAGUGCGCCGCUUGCGGACGACGAGCAAGGCGCAGGUCUCGUCCGGAAUUAUAUUCAGCAGGACCAGUGGUGGGGAGAGAUCUCGGGGACCUCGUUGAUUGCGGCGGCAAUUUAUCGAAUGGCGAAGCUGGAGCCCGAGAUGUUUGGUGGCGACUGUGUAAAGUGGGCGGACAAGAGGCGCCGUGUCGUGUGGCAGCACAUCGGGAAAGAUGGCAUCGCGAGCCCGGCAGUCAAUCCGUUGGCUUGGGGCGACUUUACCAGAUUCACAUCUGGGAGCCCGGAGGGCCAGGCGUUCAUCAUUAUGAUGGAGAGUGCGAAGAGGGACCUAAACACUUGAGAAAGGAAAUAGAGUAGAAGACUGAUGAAUACACGCUA